UCUUUCUUCUUUUUCAUAUUUUACUUUGUUUAUUUGUCUGUUGCGUCAAAGAGGCCCUGAAAACAAGGUUUCUGUUGUCAAGAUUGAAGCUUUUUGCUCUGUGACUCGUUUGUUAUCCUCAUAAUGCUUUAUCCUUAUCUGGGUAUUUAGUUCUUGUUUAAGAUGGUGGAAGAAGACCAUUUUCCUGUGGGUUUGCGUGUACUUGCCGUUGAUGACGAUCGAACUUAUCUCACAGUGUUGGAGAAUCUGCUUCGCAAAUGCCAGUAUAAUGUUACUGCAACUACUCAAUCAGUGAAGGCGCUAGAAAUGCUGAGGAAAAACAGAAACAAGUUUGACCUUGUUAUCAGUGAUGUGAAUAUGCCAGAAAUGGAUGGGUUUAAGCUGCUUCAGCAUGUGGGACUUGAGACGGACCUACCCGUUAUCAUGUUGUCAGGGUACGGUGAUAAAGAACGGGUGAUGAAAGGUGUCAUAUAUGGUGCUUGUGACUUUUUAACAAAACCAGUUCGAAUUCAAGAGUUACAGAACAUAUGGCAGCAUGUAGUGAGGAGGAAGAUUGAUAGCAAGGAUAAGAAUAAGACUGCAAGUGAAGAAAAAGACUGCAGUAUGGCACAUAAGUUUGCAAAUGAGGAGGAACCAUGCACUGUUGCUGGGGAAUGUAGUCAAGCCUUGGCACCAAAAACUUAUGCUAACCAGAAUAUAAAAGUGGAUCACAAAAGGAAAGAACGUUGUGAGGCUGAGGAAAUUGAAGAAGAUGAUAAAGAGAACGAUGAAACCUCCAAUCAGAAGAAAUCUCGUUUAGUUUGGGAUACUGAGUUGCACAACAAAUUUCUUGCUGCCAUUAAUCAGCUCGGAAUUGACAAGGCUUUCCCCAAGAAAAUACUUGACUUGAUGAAUAUCGAUGGACUUUCAAGAGAAAACGUAGCAAGCCAUCUCCAGAAAUUCAGACUCGGUCUCAAAAAGCCUAAUCCUUACCACCGUAUGGGUUCAGUUGAUUGCUUUCGCACGUCAUCUGAAUCAGGAGCAAUGUUAAGCACCACAUUACCAUCAUAUGCAUAUGCACAUGGUGGAAGGUUUAGUGUGUUAAACUCUCCAUCCAGCUUGAACACGAGAGGAAUGAACUCAUCUGCAUUUGUUCAGGCUUCUGAGUCUCCAAACAUUAACAGCAGCUCCAUAAAAACACAUGGAAACAUGCACUCGUCUAUAUUUUCUGCAAACCAAGCCUCAAGCUUAUUGCAGGGCAUUCCAAAUCCAAUGGAGGCUAACCGAUUUAAGCCGAACAACUCAACAGCUGGUAUUAGGAGGUUUGAUCUACUUGAUCACUCAGCUGCACUUAAAGAUUUCUCUAGUUUCUCGGAAAAUAGAGCCACUGUUAGAAAUGCAGCAAAUAUAUCUCUUCCUGGUCUCUCCAAUAAUCAUUUACUUUUUCAAGGAAUUUCCCAGCAUAAACAUCAUUCUGAAGCAUUCAGAAAUCAUUCUUCUCUUGGAGCUGCUGCUGUGAAAACACAAUCUUUUGAUCCAAACUCCUGUGGUUCUUCUAAAAUGGGGGAUGAUUAUGACAACAAAAGGUGGCGGGGAGCAGCUCCGAUAUCUACCUUUCCUUCCAAUACUUCUGCUUUCAGUAACGUUUUCAGUAAUGAUCAACUACUUCAGCAUAACUUCAAAUUGCCCUCAUCCACUUUUUGCAGUAGGAACAGUCCAGUUGGUUUUUCUUCCAGUGUUCCUUUGGAGGAUGAUAUCCUAGGUGAGAUGCUGCACCAAGAAGGCUUACUUGGGAAUAUCUUACUAGCUUCGUGUCACACCCAGCAUAACCAGGGUGGUUGCAGCAAAGACAUGAAUCAAACCUUCAAUUCCAUAAAUCCUGUCAUUUCUCCUAAUGGAGGCACUAGUUCCUUGGGACAUAGCUAUGAACAAAAUAGUACAAUUGACAAUAAGAGAAUUGAUGCAUCUUUGGUCGGCCAAAUGAAUGGGGUUAAUCCAUCAUCAAUCACACAGUGCAGUGAAGGUGAGAAUUUCUAUUCAAUGAAGUCAAAUGAUGCGUAUGUUUUGCAGAGCAUGAAAUCCGAUGAAGCACUGGUGCAGAAUAGUUUGGACUCCUUGGAUGACAUAAUGAAUGAAAUAGACGAACAGGACCUGAAUGCGAUUAUGUUGAUGAAUGGAGACAUAGAGUUUGAUGCUUACCAUGAUGGACUAUGCAACUGACUCCUUCUGAUUCCUUCCUUGAGUCAUUUCAUCGUGUGUAGUAUCGCAUUCAUGUAAUUUCCUAUUUCUCUAAUGGACACCGCACGUGCUCUAAUUGUACAGCAGUAACCGCAUCAAAUUUCUCCACUUUCUCAAUCAUAUCUUUAUAUAAAAUAAACCAUAUAUAUAUGAAUUAACUUUUUAGUAUUGGGUUCAGUUAUAUAGUUUGAUUUGAGUACGUGGAAGAAUAAGAAUGGAACUUGGUUUACGCUUAUGUUUCAUGAUAAAACUGUGGCAUUUUUCAUUUAUACUAUAU